AUGAUCCUGCGGCCCAGCUCGAUCCCGCAACGGCGGCGCCUCCAAUACCUUGCAGUGGCGGUCCUUGUGGCUCUGUUUUUCUGGUGCUGGACGGGGUCGGACACCGUAGUGGGCCCAGGCGGCGCCGCAAAGUGGUCGGCCCAGCGCAAGCAACAGCAGCAUCAGCACCCCAUAGGGAAGGGGCCGCAAUACCAGCCUUUGAGCCAAACAAACGCCGCGGCGCUUACCACGGGCGACCACCCCAUCGACGCGCUGAUCCAGGCCGCCGAGAAGGAGUUCUCGGCCAAGCUGCAAGAGCAGUCGCUCUCGCUAGCGGAGGCGGCGGCGGCGUACCGGGAGCGGCGGGGCCGGCACCCGCCGCCGGGGUUCCGACAGUGGUAUGAGUUCGCGGCGGCGCACAAGGCAGUGGUGGUGGAGGAGUUCUGGGACCAGAUAUACGCGGACCUGGAGCCGCUGUGGUCGGUGCGGCCGGGGCGGCUGCGGCGCGACGCAGCCGACUUCGAGAUGCGCAUCGCCGUGCGCGCCGGCAAGGCGUCGACGACGAGCGAAUGGUUCUGGACCCAGAUCUGGCUGUCCAUGAUCCAGUCCAUCGAGCACCUGCUGCCCGACAUGGACCUCGCGCUCAACGCCAUGGACGAGCCCCGUAUCGUUGUCCCGUGGGAGAAGAUGCGCGACCACAUGGCCCAGGCCGCCAAGACGAAGAAGCUGCCUGACGACGUCGAGAGUGCCGUGUCCGUGUUUCAGAGGCUGCCGCCGCCGGGACAAGAACAGCCAGACCCGAACGAGAAGUCGCGGGAUCUGAAGUGGGAGGUAACAAAACCGUACUGGCUCGUAGUACGACGCGGCUGCGCACCGGGGAGCGCAGCGCGCGACGCCAAGCCGAUAACCGACUUUGACCGGACGCCGCAGAUCGCGAGCCCCUUCUCGCUCGCUCACAUGCGGCACGGCUUUGUGGCUAACUACACGCUGAGCACCGACUUCUGCCACCAGGCGGACCUGCAGGGCCUGAGCGGGAUGCUGGUCGAGCCCAUCUCGGUGUCGGCGACGGCCGAGCUGUUCCCGCUUUUUGGCGGCUCCAAGCUGGCCGUCAACAACGACAUCCUGCUGCCGGCCCCCAUCUACUGGAGCGGCGAGGAGAGAUUUACGGGCCAGGACGCCGCCGAUUUCCCCUGGGACAAGAAGCGAGACGCUGCUGUGUGGCGCGGCGUCGCCACGGGCGGCCGCAACACGGAGCAGAACUGGCGCGCGUUCCAGCGCCACCGCUUCGUGGCCAUGAGCAACGGCACACUCGUGACGCUCGCCGAGGAAAAGAAGGAGACCAAGUCGUCUUCGCAGGCAAGCGGGGCGACGGCCGAUUCGUCGGGCAACUUUGCCCUGCCACCGGCGGCCCAGCUCGGGCCGUGGGUGUCGUCGUGGGCGGACGUGGGGUUCACGGACCUGAUGUGCGGGUACGGGGGGCAGGAGCUCGGGCAGUGCAAUUAUACGGGGCGGUACUUUGGGGUGAUGCCCAGCGUCGACAUGGCGCAGCAGUUCACGUACAAGUACCUGCCCGAUGUGGACGGCAACAGCUUCAGCGGGCGGUACCGCGGGUUCCUGCGGUCGACGAGCCUGCCCGUCAAGGCGACGCUGUUCCGCGAGUGGCACGACAGCCGGCUCGUGGCCUGGAAGCACUUUGUGCCCAUGGACAACCGGUUUGGCGACUGGUACGCCAUCAUGGAGUACUUCCUCGGCGACGGUGAGCUUCUCGGCCACGACGCUGUGGCGCAGCGCAUCGCCGCGGCUGGCAAGGAGUGGGCCGACCGCGUCCUCCGGAAGGAGGACAUGCAGAUCUACGUGCUGCGGCUGCUGCUCGAGUAUGCGCGCGUCGUGGACGAGAGGCGCGAGAGUAUGGGCUGGGUGGACGACCUGGUGUCUGGUGCUCGUGGCCGCGGCAAGGCAUGAUAGCUGUGCCGCGACGAAUCUCACCAACCGGGUCUACUUUUCUCGGGCACGCUCCCUAACUAUUGGCUCAACAUUUUCUUUUCGUUUUGUGUUUCACGGAGUUUUGAUGCGGGAGCAGGAACGUUACACAUGGCGAGACGAGUG